AUGUGGGGAAUGUUUCUCCCGACCAAACCCGCACUCCUCGUCGUCCUCCUCCGACAGAAUCCCCAGCUGCGCUGCUCCCCGCCGCCGUCGCUUCCCCGCUCCCCCGCCGCAGCUGCGCUGCUCCCCGCCGCCGCGGCUCCCCUGCUCCCCCGCUCCCUCGCCGCAGCCGCCUCCUGCUCCGGCGCCGCAGCUGCCGCUCGCCUGCCUCCCCAAGCUCCCCGCUUCCUCAUAAAAAUCUUUGAUUUCCCCAGCUUAAGCUCGACGACCCACGCGCCACCAGAGGAGGAGGGAACCGAGGUCGGCGCCCCUGCCAAUCUCCACAACCUCCAGCGACCAACCCCAUCUCCUGCCCCCUGCAACUGGUCCUGCCAGUACGCCGCUUCCGCCGCCGGUGAAUGCCCUCCGCAAGGACUGCGCCUAGCCCCUCUGCUCCGGCGCUCCUUGGCCGUCCCUGGCCCUCUGCCUGGUCGCCAGGGACGUGCAGCUCCGCGCCUGCUCCAGCCGGGGGCCGCCACCCGCCACGCCGGCUCUGGCCCUUUGCUCCGACCAAUCCCGGUGCUGCUCGCCUGCUCGGCCGAACUCUGUCGCCCAAGACUUGCUGUCAACAAACUGCAAGCAGGCUGGGACAAGGGACAAUUGGCUUCUUCAAGAAGGUAGAAGACGCCGUCCACCCUGUGUCACCGUCGCCAGAAGGUAGAAGACGCCGUCCACUCCUGUUCAGCCACUGCACCAUCGUCCAGCACCUCAAGGCCGACAUUGCCUGGAGCUCCUGUUCAAGAUUUCAGAUCCAGAGAUGAGUACUGAAACUACUUGAUGCUAAGAUUCAGACUGAAGUUACUGUCAAAACUGUCAAUUUUCUCCUUGAUGUGAGCAUUUAUAGUUUGAUCCAGAGAUUCAGCCAAAUUGUCCAUUUAACAGAAGUUAGGUUCAUAACUGAUCCCUAGCUAUCAAAAUUUAGUUAAUCAAACUGUAACAAAUUGUCCAUUUAACAAAACUUAGGUUCAUACCUGAUCACUAACUGACAAAACUGAGAAGUGUACUCCUGGAGUACUCCUGCUUGGAAUAUUUUCCAUUUUGAAACUAAGAUCUGCUUGGAGCAUUUUCAGUUUGCAAAACUGUAGUACAACAAAAGUGUAUUUUCCAUUUUCAGUUUGACAAAUUUCACCUAAUCCAGUCAAUAGCAAUCAUUUUAAAUGGUGUACACAAGAAUCAGUAGUUAUCUGAUUUUUACAGUAGAGUGGAUCUUGUUUGAACUACUAUGAAUUAUGUCAAGAUGACAAGAUGAGAAUGCCUCCCCCUUUCCUAGAACAGCCUUCCUUUAGUUUAUAUACAAGGAUUAGACAAGGCAUACACAAGGGCAUGACAUAAGGUCCUCUGUGUCCCCUCUUGACACAAGAUUACACAUGACAUAAGGGCAUCUUUGUCCCCUCUUGACACAAGAUUACACAAGACAUACAGAAGGAGCACCUGACUACAUGACAUAAGGGCCUCUUUGUCCCCUCUUGACUACAUUCUUUUCCUUUCUUUGGCCACUUCUUCCCUUCCCUUCCCUUUACUUUUCUUUCCUUUACCUUCUCUAGCUAAUUCUUUCCUUUCAUUUUCUUUUCCUAUUGCAAUUUCCAUUUCUUCUAUAACGGCCCUAGUAUCAACAACUACCCGACUGUCGCAAUAUACACCGGUUAUUUCCAUUCCAGCAUUCUGAACGCGAUCCUUGUGCAAGUGGGGCAACUUGUAUUGAUUUCCUCCUUUGGCUUUCAUAACUUCAAACAUAACUGCUUCUAAUGUGAUAAAGCUUCUGUGCAACUUGUCGGGAUCGUAGUUCUCGAAUUCCUCUUCCACACCCUGUACCAGUUCCUGGAUGUUUGUAGGUGACCUGCAGUCGGUUAGAGACUGGAGAGAGGUAUGGAAGCAGAGGUCCAAACAAUUUAACUCAGGGCUAUUUGGGGGCUGUUGUAGCAAUCGGCUGUCAAGAUCAGUUUGUUCCACAGCUUCUCGAAAAGCUACAUCAUUGGGAAGGACAUGAGGCUUUGCGUUAUCCUGUUGGAUGAAUAUUGUCGCUCCCUCAUCAUCGUCAGGCCACUUAUCCUGAAUUGCCGGGAUAACCUUAUUGAUUAGAUAAUCUCUGCACACAGGCCUAGUUACUUUCACUGAUGUCAACACUUUUGUUCCCUUUGUUCUGUUUUGACUUGUCCGCUUCGCCUCAGUCUCUUCGACAAAUGCCCAAAUGCCGAUCUUCCCAUCGAAUGUUAGCUCCCCCUCAUUGUUAUAUCGAGGCUUGGCAAUGGCUGUUAGGAACAUCACCUUCCCAAUGCUGUGAGUGUUUGACACGGUGCGCUUCGGUUCAGGUUCUCCUGGAAGUACAUAGUAACUAUUCUUCACUCUCGUCAUGUCAAACCACUUCUCAUCGAUGUGAACCAUAUUCGUCAUUGGUUUUAACAUAGCACGAGAAGUUGAUAUCGAAUUGUCAUCGACCAUGGACAUACAAAAUUUCAAUCUCGCAAGCUUGUUCUCUAGCUUGAGGUGAGGCUUCACGGUGCUUGUGAUGCAGUUGAGCUCAUUCAACUGGAACCUCUUAUGUAGGGUCGAUCGGGCCACACCUAGAUACCAUGCCAGAGAUCGAAUUGUUCUUCUUUUAUUCAGUGGGAUUGUUGAGGUCCUCUCUAGAUUUAGCUCCUUUCUCUUUCGGCCAGAUCUUCCCGGCUUCUUGCUUGAGACAUCUACUUCUUUGCCAUCGGCAAUUUGCCUUUUGGCGUCUUCCCAGAUUCUUUCAACAGAUCGUACACUUAUGUCCAACAGGUUUGAGACUAGCAGCUUGUCGUCUGGUUGAACAGACCCAUCUCUGAGCUCGAUUACCAGCAAGGCGAAGUAAACACCAUGCCUCUCCUUAUCUGACAAUUCUCUUCUCUUCUCUUGAAGUAUCCAAUUCAUAACUUCAUCCUCUUCCUCUUGAGCUUCAUCCUCUUUCCCUUCAUCUUCUUGAGGCAUCCAAUUCAUAUCUUCAUCGUCUUCCUCUUGAGGCAUCAAGUUCAAAUCCAUAACUACAUUCUCUGCCACUUGAGGUUCCUCCUCUUGAGGCAUCAAAUUCAAAUUAAUACCUUCAUCGUCUUCGUUUUGAGGCAUCAUGUUCAAAUCAAUAGUUUCAUGUUCUUCCUUUUGAGGCAUCAAGUUCAAAUCCAUAGUUAUGUUUCCUGCCAUCAAUGACAAAAGAUGAGUACACCAUGGUACCAUAACAAGAAUACACACACACAAAAUGAGUAUGCAAGUCAAACAAGAAAUAGGUGCCAUGGCACCAUUUCUAGUUUGGUUGCCACGAUAGCCAAACAAGAAAUGCUGCCAUGGCAGCCAAACACUUUGCUCUAACCAUAACCAUAAGCCAUUUUUUGUAGCCAAACACUUUGCUCCAAACACAAUACAAUUGGAUGUAGUGUAGUGGUAAUCACCAAUGUUCAUCCAUAUUUUGCAUUUAAAAACUCAGAUUUGAGUCUGGAUCAACUCAGUUGUACUCUGUCAAUAUCCAACUCAGAUUUUACUGUAUGUAUCUUAACUGAAUGAAUUUUGACCAUGUCUUGAUCCUUUCUUGCUUGCUUGCUUCUUUUGGUGUGGAUUUUACUCAAGGUUGGCUAGAUUUUCCCACAAGGUGAGCUAGAUUCCUGUGAAUGUAUUUACACAGAUAGGCUCAUAACUGAAUUUUUUGUGCAGUAGUUUAACUGAAUUCUAGGGAGUAUCAUGUUUGCUGAAACAUUUGCAAACACAAGUCAUGGCAGCAAAACAUCCAUGCUGAGUAUUACAAUUCUGUGUGGGUGCAAAAGUCUAACAACACUAGAACUAAACUGAUUGAUCUAUACAUGUGUAGGAGGAGCUAGAUCCUUUUCUCCAUGGGGAAUUUUGUGUAGGUACUUAGACAAGUUAAUUAGGGACCUCAGCUGAGAAGAUCUACUCUAGUGAGUAAAACAGGACAGAAGGAUUACUUGCUUUGCAGUGAGUAAAAUAGGGCACUUUUUGACAAUGAGUAAAACAGGGCACUUGCCUACACAUGUCCUGCAGAGAGAUUAAACAAAAAGUGCAAACAUGUUCCAGCAGUACUCCAAAUUUGAUUUCUAGAGUACUCCAAACUAGAGUAAUUCCAGCAGUACUCCAAAUUUGCAUAUGAUUAGUGACUGCAUAUGCUCAUUGACAUAACAGUUUCACAGUUAGCAAAGUAUAGUGAUUGCGUAUGUUCAAAAUUGAUCUAGACAAACAUUCAAUUUCACCAGAUGACUAUCAGUUUCACCAUGAAAAUUGACAGUAAAUUUUACUGAAACCUGACAUUUAAACUGAAUUUUACCUUCUUCCUUCCUUAGGAACACGAGCUCUGGCGACAACACAAGGAGCAGGCCAGAGAAGCACAAGGCAGCUGCUACUAGAGCUCUGCUGCUGCUGGUCAACACGAAUAUCGAGCUGCGAAUCAAUUUCACUCUGUAUCAACAGAGGAGCACUGACAAGCGAGCUGCAGAUCAAUUUCAAUAUGUAUCAGCUGCAGGAUUAGAGCGGAGUAGCAGAGGUAGAGCCGGAGGCCUCGGGGGUCGGGGGCGGGGAUCGGAGGGCGUCAGCAGCAGAGGCGUCGCCCGCCACCACCACCUCAACCAGCCGGCGAGCCAAAGUGGACCAGCACGGCGACCAGCGCGGCGGCAGUGAGUGCGGAGUCGUGGGCGGAGUGGACCAGCGCGGCGGCGGUCGGUGGUGGAGGACCCGCUCGUCGGUGGGCGCCGGAGGACCCGCUCGUUGGUGGCCGGCGGAGGACCCGCUCGUUGGUGGCCGGCGGAGAUCCUCCUCCUGGGCGGGCGGCAGAGUCCUCGUGGGCGGGCGGCGGAGAUCCUCCUCGUGGGCAGCGGAGGUCUUGUUCGUGGGUGGGCUCGUCGGUGUCUCAGGAACUGCGGCGGCUGGCCCUGGCGAUUGGAGACGGCUGGCCCUGGCGAUUGAAGACGGCUGGCCGUGGCGACGCGGGCGACGGGAGGAGGGAGAUGGGGGCUUAAUUUCUAGAGUUUUGAAAGUGGAAGGACUAAAAUGCAAAAAAUCAAAUGUACUAUCCCCGCGACAUUAUUUUCAGGACGGAGGGAGUAGUAGUAUUAUUUCUUGAUGUCCAUUUAGGGAAGUUGAAAAUCUAUUGUUUUUAGUGUUGUGUUCAUGAACCCGAAAUGUCAUGCUAAUAGUUUUCGAAUGUUAGCGCUCUUCCUAUGUGGCCAAUUUCAUGGUGAGCAUUUUUAAAGUGGGCAAAGUCUAUGCUGCGAGUUUUUGAA